AUGACGAUCUACAUGAAUAGAUUGUUUCGCAAAUCGAAUUCAAGUUUUCUUCUAUCCAGUGGUAAGGCCCUAAAAUCUGAAGUUUCACGAUUCAAGGACGACAUGUUCCUGGUAGAUGCAGGAAUUGGAACCCCGAAAAUGACCAUGAGAGACGAGCUUAGAGGAGUUCCGGGGAGUCAUUCGGCAGCCAGGUUCGAGAAUAAGGUUGGAUUCAUGGAGGCAACGGCUGGCGAAUCUCUAAUCAAAACACAGAUCUUGGAGAGAUUCUUCAUGGAUCUCGUCGCCGGUGAACCGGUGAUGAAAGAGCGAGCUACGGCUAGGUUUAAUGAGAUGGCUGGCUCUACUGAUGCAGUAGCUGGUGAGCCGGCGAUUCUUCUUCCACGAAGAUUCACGCAGAAUCAAGCUUGGAUGGAACUGCAAAAGAUCUGGCAAUCGAAUAAAAAGGUCAGAGGAUUUAUCAUGGAGAAAGUCAAAGGUGGUUAUUCGGUUGCAAUCGCAGGUUACAUUGCUUUUCUUCCAUAUCGUAGUCCGUUGAUAGACAGGCGAAAAUUAUCGAAUGAUAGAUUCACCAUUGAGACAAUCAACUCGAAAAGGAAGAAAAUUACAGUGUUUUAG